AUGGUUAAAUUAGUUGCUGUUUCCCUGUUGUUCGCAACCUCAGUUCUUGCUGCUCCAUCUGCGAGCGCGUCGUGGAAAGGAUGGAAGACAAUGAAGAAUCUCUUCGUCUUUGGCGACUCUUAUUCUCAAACCGGAUUCGAUCCUAAUGGCACUCAGCCCUCGGCAUCCAAUCCCUUUGGAAACCCGACAUACCCCGGCUGGACAUCAUCGAACGGCCCGAACUGGGUUGGUUUUCUCACAACAACAUAUAACGCCUCUCGCCUGCAAACGUACAAUCUCGCCUAUGGUGGUGCUACGGUCGAUUCUGCUCUUGUAACACCUUACGCUUCGACUGUGCUUUCCCUCAAAAACCAAGUAAAAGACGAAUUUCUACCCAUCUACGGCGCGCACCCCAGCAUCGCACCCUGGAAGAGUGCCGACUCGCUCUUCGCCUUCUUCAUAGGCAUUAACGACGUCGGAAAUACUUGGUGGCUCAAUAAUGGCACACUCUACGACCAAAUCUUUUCCGUCUAUAGUGGCCUGCUUUCCGACGUUUAUGCGACUGGGGCGCGGAACUUCCUAUUCCUAUCCGUACCGCCAAUCAAUCUCGCGCCAUUGACGCUUAGCACGGACGACGGCGGCUAUGCGGUUCAAGAAGAGGGCAAGGUUGUGCUGGACUGGAAUGCCAUAUUAAGAAAUAUGACCACGAGGUUCGCCGCCUCUCACUCUGGAACCAAGAUCUUUGUCGAAGAUACCUGGACGGUUUUCAACAACGUUAUCAAGAACCCGGCGAGUUACCCGCAGACGAGCGGGCUCAAGAAUGUCACUGGAUAUUGUGCCGCUUAUGCGAACGGGACACCUACCUGGUACACCAAAGACCCUAACUGCACAUACUCCGUAAACCAAUAUCUCUGGCUCAACGAAUUGCAUCCCACAUUCCCAGUCCAUAAUGCUACAGCGGCGUCGAUUGCGAAGCUGUUGAACGCAUCGUAG